AUACGCUUGUGAUCAAGGGCCUGGUCUCCCCUCAAGACACAGUCACAGAUCAGAGGCCACACCAUCCUAGCAGUGGAGCAGGACCAGCUGGGACAGGGUCCUUCUGUGACACCUGCUGCAUCACCAGGCUGGGUGAAUGGACACAAUUGCCAGAACUCACAGAAUAGAAGUAUCAGCACCGAAACCUCACAGGAAAAAUGAAGACAUUUUCUUUCUCUUCUGAGUAACUGAAAUAAAAUCUGGCCUUUGUGAAACCCUGGAAAUACCACGACCCUCAACUAGAAACACCAAUACCAGCUCCUCCGCGAGUUUCCAGCUCCACAACCUAAGACAUCAGAGGCAGCAUUGGUUCCUCACGUAGCGUCCAGCUCCGGGACCCUCAUAUUUGAACCGCAGGACCAUCUCAUCCCUGGAUCUCCAGCUGCACCACACUCAAAUUAGAACAACAUCAGUUCCUCCCCAGGUCUCCACCUGCACAGCCCUCGAACGGGAACGUCAGCUCCUCCCCGGGUCUCCAGCUGUAGGGCCCUAAAACUAGAACAUCAGCUCCCGCCUGGGUCGCCAGCAGCACCACCCUCAAACUGGAACAUCAGAUCCCCACGGGUCUCCAGCUGCAGGGCCCUCAAACUGGAACAUCAGCUCCCCACCAGAUCUCCAGCUGCACGGACCUCAAACUGGAACAUCAGCUCCCCGCCGGGUCUCCAGCUGCACUGCCUGCAAACUGGAACAUGAGCUCCCUGCCAGGUCUCCAGCUGCAUGGCCCUCAAACUGGAACAUCAGCUCCCCACCAGAUCGCCAGCUGCACGGCCCUCAAACUGGAAUAUAAGCUCCACCCCGGGGCUCCAGGUGCACAGCCCUCAACCUGCAACAUCAGCUCCCCACUGGGUCUCCACAUGAACGGCCCUCAAACUGCAACAUCAGCUCCCCACCGGGUCUCCAGAUGCAUGGCCCUCAAACUGGAACAUCGGCUCCCCACCGGGUCUCCAGCUGCAUGGCCUUAAACUGGAACAUCAGCUCCGAGACCCUCAAACAGGAACAUCAGCUCCCCACAGGGUCUCCAGCUGCACAGCCCUCAAAUUGCAACAUCACUUCCCCCCUGCGUGUCCAGCUGCACCGCCUCAAACUGCAACAUCAGCUCCCCGCUGGGUCUCCAGCAGCACGGCCCUCAACCUGGAACAUCAGCUCCCCCCAACCCGGGUCUCCAGCUCCACAGCCCUCAACCUGCAACACUGGCUACCCACUGGGUCUCCAGAUGCAUGGCCCUCAAACUGGAACAUCAGCUCAACCCCCGGUAUCCAGCUGCACAGCCCUCAAACUGGAACAUCAGCUCCCUGCCGGGUCUCCAGGUGCACGGCCCUCAAACUGGAACAUCAGCUCCCCACCAGGUCUCCAGCUGCACGGCCCUCAUACUGGAACAUCAGCUCCCCACCAGGUCUCCAGCUGCACGGCUCUCAAACAGGAACAUCAGCUCCCCACAGGGUCUCCAGCUGCACGGCCCUCAACCUGCAACACUGGCUCCCCACCGGGUCUCCAGAUGCACGGCCCUCAAACUGCAACAUCAGUUCCCCCCGGGUAUACAGCUGCAUGGCCUUAAACUGGAACAUCAGCUCCCUGCCCAGGUCUCCAGAUGCACGGCCCUCAAACUGGAACAUCAGUUCCCCGCCGGGUCUCCAGCUGCACGGCCCUCAAAUUGGAACAUCAGCUCCCCGCUAGGUCUCCAGGAGCACGGUCCUCAAACUGGAACAUCAGCUCCCUGCCAGGUCACCAGCUGCAUGGCCCUCAAACUGGAACAUCACCUCCCCGCCAGGUCUCCAGCUGCAUGGCCCUCAAAUUGCAACAUCAGCUCCCAUCAGAGUCUCCAGCUGCAUGGCCAUCAAACUGGAACAUCAGCUUCCCCGCGGGUCUCCAGCUGCACAGACCUCAAACUUGAACAUCAGCUCCCCGCCGGGUCAUCAACUGCACGGCCCUCAAACUGGAACAUCAGCUCCACCCCUGGGUCUCCAGCAGCACGGCCCUACAACUGGAACAUCAGCUUCCCCCCGGGUCUCCGGCUGCACAGCCCUACAACCGGAACAUCCGCUCCCUGCUGGGUCUCCAGCUGCACGGCCCUCAAACUGGAACAUCAGCUCCCCGCUGAGUUCAAACUAUUCCAGUUUGAGGGCCGUGCAGCUGGAGACCCAGUGGGGAGCUGAUGUUCCAGUCUGAGGGCCGUGCAGCUGGAGACCCGGCAGGGAGCUGAUGUUCCAGUCUGAGGGCCAUGCAGCUGGAUACCCGGU